AAAAGCUUCAAUUGGUGCUCAAACCUUAUCAUACAUCAGAGAAUCCACACAGGAGAGAAGCCCUACACAUGCUCUGAGUGCGGGAAAAGCUUCAGGCACGGCUCUGCCCUUAUCACACAUCAGAGAAUCCACACAGGAGAGAAGCCCUACACAUGCUCUGAGUGCGGGAAAAGCUUCAGGCACGGCUCUGCCCUUAUCACACAUCAGCGAAUCCACACAGGAGAGACGCCCUACACAUGCGCUGAGUGCGGGAAAAGCUUCAGGCACUCUUCGCACCUUAUUAGGCAUCAAACAAUCCACAGAGGAGAGAGGCCCUUUGAAUGCCGUGAGUGUGGGAAAAACUUCACUAGCAGCUCACAACUUUCUAAACAUCAGAGAAUCCACACAGGGGACAGGCCCUUUGAAUGCAGUGAGUGUGGGAAAACCUUCAGUCGCAGUUCGCACCUUUUUAGGCAUCAAACAAUCCACAGAGGAGAGAGGCUCUAUGAAUGCCGUGAGUGUGGGAAAUGCUUCAUUAGCAGCUCAAACCUUUCUCAACAUCAGAGAAUCCACACAGGGGAGAGGCCCUUUGAAUGCAGUGAGUGUGGGAAAACCUUCAGUCGCAGUUCGCACCUUAUUAGGCAUCAAACAAUCCACAGAGGAGAGAGGCCCUAUGAAUGCCGUGAGUGUGGGAAAUGCUUCAUUAGCAGCUCAAACCUUACUCAACAUCAGAGAAUCCACACAGGGGACAGGCCCUAUGAAUGCCGUGAGUGUGGGAAAAGCUUCACUAGCAGCUCACACCUUUCUCAACAUCAGAGAAUCCACACAGGGGAAAGGCCCUAUGAAUGCAGUGAGUGUGGGAAAAGCUUCACUAGCAGCUCACACCUUUCUAAACAUCAGAGAAUACACACAGGGGAAAGGCCCUAUGAAUGCCGUGAGUGUAGAAAAACCUUCUCUCACAGCUCAGCCCUUUCUUUACAUCAGAGAAUCCACACAGGGGACAGGCCCUAUGAAUGCUGUGAGUGUGGGAAAACCUUCAAUCGCAGUUCGCACCUUAUUAGGCAUCAAACAAUCCACAGAAGAGAGAGGCUCUAUGAAUGCCGUGAGUGUGGGAAAUGCUUCACUAGCAGCUCACACCUUUCUCAACAUCAGAGA